AUGUCUGAGUCUUGCGUCUUUAUUACUUCACCCUCUCAAUUCCAGAGGUUUCCUGAUUCCAAACAAAUUUCAUUAAGAUUUGUUUCUUUGCUGACCGGUAUCAAAUACAAUGGGAAGAACUUCAUCUUGGAAUUAAGUGAUUUUGAUAAUAAUAACGUCAUUAGUCCAUAUCGUGUCAAAUUAAGAUGCUCUGAUGAAAAUGCUAAAAGAUUAGCGCAGAUGACAAUAUCAUUACUUUGUCAAUUUUUCGAUUUUGAGAUUCCUGAAUUGAGAACUUUAUCAGAUCCAUUUUUCAUUGAUGAAAUUCAAUUGGAUAGACUAUGUUUCAUUAAUUGUAAAGUAAUCUAUAUUGGAAAGGAUGACAAAUACAGUCUGUUCUUGGAUGAUAUUAAACCGAUUGACUUAAACAAUGCUAUAAGGAUCGCUAGACAAUUACAAUCCACGUUAGAACAGAGAACAAUAUUGAAAAUCUUUGAUAAUUUGAUUAAGUUGAACAAUGAAUCAAGGAAUGGAUUUAAAUUUGUUAAAUUGGAUAAUUAUAAUAAUGAGUUCGCACAAUUUAUUCAAGAAAAGCAAACCAUGGUAAAUUCGAGAAAGAAAACUACCAUCAUUAACAACAAUCCCUUGUUUAGAAGUCAUAUUACAGAUACAAGAGAAAAUGAAAUGACGUCUCAAUUUGACUUCAAUUCGCAAUAUUUGAACACAGAAAAUUCAAAUGAUAGUACCUCCCCUUCUCAUGAUAGUAUAGACCCCAUUGAAGAGUCAGAUGCAAAUUCUUCAUCUAUACAUUUAUCAAGAAAUACAUCAAGGCAAAGCAUCACCACUGAAAGAUCUCCUAAAUUAAGAAAGUUAAAUAAGAAUAGUAAACCAGUUGCAAAUAAACCUGAAUAUUAUAGAUGUGUUGAUAUAGGUACUAUAUGUGAGAUUCAAGGUAAAUUAGUUGGUUCCAUUCCAUUAAAUCUAAUUGAAUCAAAUUUAAAUGCUUCUCCAGCCAGAUUUUUUUUUAUUCCCAAUGAGUGGACAGAAGGAAAAGAGGGGAAUGAUGAAGCAAUGAUCAAAUUGCUUCCUAAUUAUAACUGUAUAGAAGUUCUUGUCUCUAAAUUUAGUGAGUUGAAAGGAAUAUUUAGUAAAUUCACCACCGAUUUUACUAAACUUAAUCAUUUCCUUUUGAAUAACAAAGUUCAAGUUAGGAUAGUAAGAAGUAAGUUUCCCUUCAAGUUGCUGAAGAAUGAUACAUUUCAUGCAUAUAACAAAGAACAUGCAUUUGCCCCAAUAUGGACAUUACAGGAUAUCGAUCUACUCCCCUCGAAGAUACCGAAAAAGAAAGCGGUUCCACGAUUACUGCCGUCAACGAUAGCAAAUAAUCAAGAUGAAGAUUUGAAUAAGAUUUUAAACCAACAAUUUGAGCGAACCAAAAAUGAUUCUGUCAUUAAGUUUGAAGAAUUGAGAUUGUCACCGCAUGAGGUUAAAUUUGUGACGAUGUUUGGUUUAUUGGUUUCUGUCACUUUUGAAAAUUCUCAAUACGUUUCGUUAGUCUUUACAGAUUUUACAACAAAUUCUAUUGAUCAAAAAUAUUUAUUCGGUAAUUAUCUAAUUGAUCCAAUCGUGAGAAUGAAUGGUGAUCAGGGGUUUCGGGUUAUUAUGUAUCCUGAACAUUUUGAAAUAUUUAAUAGAAAUGUGGCUAAGGUAUUCGGAUCCACAUUAAAAGAUUUAUUAAAUGGUAGAGAAAAUAUUACCAACAAAGGAAUUGUUUGUAAGAUCUCAUUGAAAUUGAAAUUUUUCACUAAUAAAUUGAAUGCUAUUUCAAGAGUUUGCAUCCCCAUCUUGACAUCAAACAAUGAAUUGAGUUUGAAAGAAUACAGCAUAUUAGAUCACAUUUAUAAAAAUGCUCUAACAAAUAUUCAUGAAUACGAUAUGGACAAAUGUUUUGAUUCUUUUGUAAAGUGUUUCCCAUAUAAAAGACAAGCAGAUGGUAAGAUAAUUGUUACUUCUUCCACUGAGGAACGAGAAUUAUCACUCAUAUUAGAUGAUGACGAUGAUGACGAUGAUAAUGAUAAUGAUCAUCAACUGGAAACUGACGAUAACAAUGCAAACCUAUCUAGUCUAAUGAAUGAAAAAUCCUUCAAGGAGGGCGAAACGCAGGAUAGUAUACCAGAUAUAAAUAUAGACGCAACGCCAUAUAGAAUUCAAGAGAACAAUAAUAUUCCCCUUUUGAACGUUUUGCAAGACGAUGAACCAGUAAUAUUUAGGGUCUCUGGUAAAUUGAUUAAUGUCGAGUAUCAUCCAUCAUAUCUUGCUCUAACAAUAACGAAUGAUACAUUUGCGAAAGAUGCCAUUGAAUGGACAAGAAUAUUGAAGAUUGAAGUAUUUUCCAGUGAGAAUAUAAGAUAUUUUUUCAACGCCGGUGUAGAGCCACCGUUGGUUGAGAUGAGUACGCAAUCGCAAGUACUGUCCACGGAGAAUGCAAUAAAUAUUGAAGAUAACCUAAAUAUCCUAAAAGGGUUUGUUGGGAAGGAGUUUUCGUUCAAGAUUACUAAGGGUACAUUGAAGCUAUUCACGAACAUUGGAGUGUCAGUGUGGUGCCCGGUUGAGUACACACUCGAAGAAAUGAAGGGUCAAAUGAUGUUGCGUCAUGACAGGGAUGCCAAAGACAGCAAGAAACCUUUAACCUCCUCACAUGGCAUGGUGAAGCAGGAGACGCAUUCCCUAGUGGAAAUCAUUGAUUGA